UUUUGCGAGUAUUCACGAGAAAGUAAUUUAUGCGAGUAUUCACGAGAAAGUGCUUUAUACGAGUAUUCACGAGAAAGUGCUUUAUACGAGUAUUCACGAGAAAGUGCUUUAUGCGAGUAUUCACGAGAAAGUGCUUAAUGCGAGUAUUCACGAGAAAGUGCUUUAUGCGAGUUUUUACGAGAAAGUGCUUAUGCGAGUAUUCAUGAGAAAGUGCUUUACGGGAGUAUUCACGAGAAAGUGUUUUAUGCGAGUAUUCACGAGAAAGUGCUUUUAUGCGAGUAUUCACGAGAAAGUGCUUUACGGGAGUAUUCACGAGAAAGUGCUUUUAUGCGAGUAUUCACGAGAAAGUGCUUUAUGCGAGUAUUCACGGGAGUGAAGGUACUGAUAGCCAAUUUUCCAAGAAUGAAGCCAAAGCUUCAGGUGGAAGGGGAUUUGAAGACGAAAUUGAAAAUCUAAAAGAAGAGCUAAAAAAGAAAGACGAAGAGAUUGCUCGCUUGCAGAGAAGACCGGGACCCAAAUCAAGUGAAGUUGCUGUUGACAAAAACAGAGAAUUGCAGCAGAAAUUACAACAGAAGGAAAGAACAAUUCAAGAACUACGGACAAGAUUGAGCGGUAUCGCAGGUCAGAAACUAAGUGAAGGAAAUCCUGAUAUUACUGAUCUUAGCGACCCCUACAGACCAACUAUAUUGGCUCAGAAAUUUAGUCAAAUUUAUGACGAUGAGUGGACUGCAGCAUUCGAAGAUCUACAAUCCAGCAAUUAUUUUCGUGAUAACGAAAAAGAAACAAUCGACGUGUUGUCUGAUAUACUAAAGGAUGUAAACAAGUUUUGCAUUGAAGCAGAAAGGGACCAGUUUGUAUUCCUGAAGGAGUCAGCACUUCGUGAAAUAUUACAGCCUACGGUCAAAUAUCAGAAGGAAUCACAUUCAUCACCCAAUACCGAGGAGAUGAGCACACUGGAGGAAAAUGCUGCAAACAUACACUUAAAAGAAUUGCGAAAGGCGCUAGCAGUCCUCUCCGGCCAGGGAUAUCUAAAGAUAUUUGCCAAACUUCAAACAGAUACCAUUAAACGAAAAACAAAUCUAAAAAAAUUACCAGAUGGGAUUAACACUUUCAUUGAAAGUUCGUUGAAAUCUAUCUGGCUCAUGAAAGUGCAAGAUCCUCCCGUAGUUCUAAAAUGGGUAGACCCCGGUACAAAAGUACAAACAGACAAAUUCAGUUUCUAUACCAAGAAAGGCAAGACCGUGGCUCAGUGUGUAUGGCCGGCUGUUCUGCUCCAUGAAGACGGACCACUUAUGUCUAAGGGCAUAGUUCAGGGUCGUGGUGAUUAAAAUCGCAUAAGUCAAGCAGUUUUUGUUCGGAAAUAAAGCCGCUUUGUUUUAAAAUGAAAAAACCCCGACCAUACAAAAAAAAAACGUUUUAAAGACUGUAAAAUGUUUUGUCCGAUUUGUUAAACUGUGACUACAACGGGUAGAGGAACAACCUACACCACAUAACGCUUUGACCCAAGACGUCAGAAACUAUGAGCUAGAUGAAGGCCACAUUAUGAGAAAAUCGUUAAAUAGAGAAUAGAGAAAUAUUGACAAACGCAAGUGAAAACAAGUGAACUAAAUUUUCUAACCCUUCCUUCGAGCUUUGGAAUUAUAAAGUGUGGCUAAAGACAGAGAUAUGAAAAGGUAGCAAUACAACCAAAUCCACAAGGACAAACCGAGCAGCCAAACCUUCUUGUGAACUUAUAAGUUUAUACGAGUGUACAUGUAUUUGUUUUACCGAGUAUAUAUUUAAUAUGAAUACAGUGGCGUAAAUGUUCUUUGAUUAUCAAAAAAUGCUUUGUUAGCUUCUAUCAGUUAUAUAGCACUUGAAAUAUAGUAUGUUGCUUAUGCAAUGGUCAAAAUCACAAAAGAGGGUUUAAAACGAAAAAAAGUGACUUUAAAUAAAGAAGCUGAUAGAA